AUGGCCUACCGUCAAAUGUUUAAGACGCAGACGCGUCAUAUGAGCUCAAACUCUCGAAAAUUCUUUGUUGGCGGGAAUUGGAAGUGUAAUGGAUCAUUAAGUCAAGUUAACGAACUUGUAGGGAUGCUAAACACGGCCAAGAUUCCCACAAAUGUCGAAGUGGUUGUAGCUCCUUCGCAAGUACAUGCUGCGACUGUCAAAGCUUCUUUACGUCCGGACGUACAUGUUAGUGGACAGGAUGUUUGGAAACAUGGUAAUGGUGCAUUUACAGGUGAAACUUCAGCUGAAAUGCUUAAAGAUCUUGGCGUUGAAUAUACUCUCGUUGGUCAUAGUGAACGUCGCGAAAAGGGUGAGAGUAAUGAAGUAGUGGCUGAAAAAGCUGCUUAUGCUCUUGAAAAGGGGCUUGGAGUUAUUGCGUGUAUUGGGGAAAGUAAAGAAGACCGUGAAGCAAACAAGACUGUAGCUUUUAUCACGAAACAACUCGAUGCUUAUGCUGCUAAGAUCAAAGAUUGGACAAAUGUCGUGAUUGCUUACGAACCUAUUUGGGCCAUUGGUACGGGUCUUACGGCUUCACCUGAACAAGCACAAGAGGUACAUGCGAAUAUUCGUACGUGGCUUAAGGAAAAGGUAUCAUCUAAAGCUGCCGAAAGGACCCGUAUCAUUUACGGUGGCUCGGUCGGUGCUAACAAUGCUCCGGAACUUGCGGAAAAGAUCGAUAUUGACGGUUUUCUUGUUGGUGGUGCUUCACUCAAGCCUGAUUUUCUUCAAAUUAUCAAUGCCCAAAGUCCAACGGCUAAUGUUGGCGGUGCCGUGAAUGUUGCAAUUAAUGGGUUUGGCCGCAUCGGUCGCCUUGUACUACGCGCUGCUACCACGAACCCACUGAUUAAUAUUGUGGCCAUUAACGAUCCAUUUAUCACAACAACGUAUAUGGAGUAUAUGCUUGAGUAUGAUACGCCUAGUCGACGACCUCAAAGGCCGACGCAUGGAUGGGAUCCUGAUUGUAGCUUGGGCGGCAUUUUCUCGAAAUACCAGGCGAAUGUAUCCCAGACUGGCACAAGGGAAUGUGCGCAAGUGUGCCCGGAGCCUUCAUCUAUUCGGUUAGAAUUCGCCAUCAGAUUUCUUGAUCGAAAGUCACUCAGUCGAGUCGGCUAA